CUGUCGUCGCGAACGGGCAGCGAAAAAUCAGCGAGCGUUUUCUCAGCGGUUUCAGUCGCCCUCAGAAGCAAAUCAGCAGCCAGCCAGCUCUCAUCUGGAUUUAAAUUUCUGCAGUUCAGCUAUAGUACUUGUGCCAGCGACGAGAUGACCAUCAAAGCAAUCAAGGCCCGUCAGAUCUACGACUCCCGUGGCAACCCCACCGUGGAGGUCGACCUGACCACCGAUCUGGGACUCUUCCGUGCCGCCGUUCCCUCGGGCGCCUCCACCGGAGUCCACGAGGCGCUGGAGCUGCGCGACAACGACAAGGCCAACUACCAUGGCAAGUCGGUGCUGAAGGCGGUGGGUCAUGUGAAUGACACUCUGGGUCCCGAGGUGAUCAAGGCCAAUCUGGAUGUGGUCGAUCAGGCGGCCAUCGAUAACUUCAUGAUCAAGCUGGAUGGAACCGAGAACAAGAGCAAGUUCGGAGCCAAUGCCAUCCUGGGUGUUUCCCUGGCCGUUGCCAAGGCAGGAGCCGCCAAGAAGGGUGUUCCUCUCUACAAACACAUUGCCGAUUUGGCUGGCAACAAGGAGAUUAUCCUCCCUGUGCCCGCUUUCAACGUCAUCAACGGUGGCAGCCAUGCCGGCAACAAGCUGGCCAUGCAGGAGUUCAUGAUCCUGCCCACCGGUGCCACCACCUUCACCGAGGCCAUGAAAAUGGGCUCCGAGGUGUACCAUCACCUGAAGAACGUCAUCAAGGCCAAGUUCGGUCUGGAUGCCACCGCCGUGGGCGAUGAGGGUGGCUUCGCCCCCAACAUUCAGUCCAACAAGGAGGCUUUGAACCUGAUCAGCGAUGCUAUUGCCAAGGCUGGUUAUACCGGCAAGAUCGAGAUCGGCAUGGAUGUGGCCGCCUCCGAGUUCUACAAGGAUGGGCAGUACGAUCUGGACUUUAAGAACGAGAAGAGCGACAAGUCGCAGUGGCUGCCGGCCGAUAAGUUGGCCAAUCUGUACCAGGAGUUUAUUAAGGACUUCCCCAUUGUCUCCAUUGAGGAUCCCUUCGAUCAGGAUCACUGGGAGGCGUGGAGCAACCUGACUGGAUCCACCCAGAUUCAGAUUGUGGGCGAUGAUUUGACGGUGACCAAUCCCAAGCGCAUUGCCACCGCCGUGGAGAAGAAGGCCUGCAACUGUUUGCUGCUGAAGGUGAACCAAAUUGGCACCGUCACCGAGUCCAUUGCCGCCCAUCUGCUGGCCAAGAAGAACGGCUGGGGCACCAUGGUCUCCCAUCGUUCCGGCGAGACCGAGGAUUCGUUCAUCGGCGACCUGGUCGUCGGUUUGUCCACCGGACAGAUCAAGACCGGUGCUCCCUGCCGCUCGGAGCGUCUGGCCAAGUACAACCAGAUCCUGCGCAUCGAGGAGGAGAUUGGCGCUGGCGUCAAGUUCGCCGGCAAGUCCUUCAGGAAGCCCCAGUAAGCGAGAGGGCCACUUCAAAAUUCCAACCGAAAUCCUGGAUCCUGGGAGAGGGAAUGCAGAUGGAAGGAACAUUUGUGUCUGGCGCACAAAUGGGAAUCAGAUUUAAAUUACCAAAACCGUUUGCUGUCUCUAUGCUUCGUUAUUAGACAUUAUUAUUAAUGUUAAACACCUUGAUCUAAUCAUUAUUUAUAAAAAGAAAAUUUCAAAAAACACACUA